CGACGACAAGAAGGAGGGUGGAGCAUGGACAUUUUUUGUAAUCAACCUGGGUGACACAACAGUGCCAACAAGACAGCAAGAAACACAGCAUCUUCACAACUAAAGAAAGAUGGCAUCUAGUGAUCUGCAAUCAUCAGAUGCCCUGGAAGAUCUCAGGAAGCAGUGCCUGGCAAGAGGAGCUGCUGGAAUCAAGGGACUUGGGAGGACAUUUCGCAUCAUGGAUGAUGAUAGUAGCAAAUCCCUGGAUCUGCAGGAGUUCCAGAAGGGGUUGGACACCUAUGGAGUGACCAUGGUCAAAGAGAGGGCUUUGGAAGUGUUCCAAAUAUUUGAUAAGGAUGGAAGUGGAACAGUCGAUUUUAACGAGUUCCUGGAAAAAUUAAGGCCCCCAAUGUCAAAUACGAGGAAGCAGAUCAUUGCAGAGGCUUUUAAGAAGCUGGACAGGACUGGGGAUGGCCUGGUGACCGUAGAGGACCUGCAGGGGGUCUACAACAGCCAGCACCAUCCCAAGUUCAAGAGCGGAGAGUGGAACCAAGAGCAAGUGUUUCGCUCCUUCUUGGACAGCUUUGACUCACCCUACAACAAAGAUGGCAAGGUCACACAAGAAGAGUUUCUGAACUACUACAGCGGAGUGAGUGCCUCUAUCGACAGUGACGAAUACUUUGUCACCAUGAUGAGAAAUGCCUGGAAAUUAUAGGAUUCCAGUCACGUCCAUGCUGAACAUCCAACGCUUGCUACGCUGAUAGGAUUUGGAAAGAGACCUCCUGUGGCUGUCUGGGGAACUGCAGUGACCAAACUUAGACAGUGGUUACUGUAUAGCAGAUGGAACCAUGUUGUUCAGGCUAGGUAGAAAUACAUCAGAUGUAGAUGUAUAGAAGUCUUUUUGAGGUUAGGGGAAAGGUGUCAGAUCCAUGUUUGUAAAUGGACACAAACACUAAGGCGUUUGUCUUACUCUUUGCUAAACACCUUGAGCUCCUUGUGUGUGGUGUUAUGUUCUGUUAAUGAUCAUUUUAUUAAUUAAUAAUAAUAAA